AUGAUGUCGCAAUCCGGCUAUUCAAUGUCAAACCAAUUCGGGAACCCCAACGAUGGGGUUGACCCCUCGGAGUUGAGCAUGCAGAACGGUGGCUUCAUGUCGUACCCGUUCUCCUCGCAGCAGAACCUCUCCUCCAGCUUCAACUUCGGCAACUCUGGGAUCGAUACCGAUGAGUUGCUGGACUUGGAGAUCAACGGCCAGAAUGGCGUCCAGCAGAAUUACCUUCAGGACCAACAAUCCAGCGCGGGGAUCUCGAUGAGUCAUCCUGGCCCGAUGUCACAGAUGUACUCCAACACGCCAGAUGGAGCUCCCAUGCACAGUCCCUUCAUGCACAGUUUCAAUUAUGACCACUUCCGGAGCAUGGGCCAGCCAGGACAAGCGGGGUCUCAUCUCCAGGGUAAUGGAUCCCAUUUUGACCAGGGUUACCUCAAUGCCAAGGCCCGACCCAGCAUACAAGCGCUCGACCGUGCCUCGUACGAUGGACGCAGCCCGAUGACCCCAAAGACCCCUGCGCUGGGCGCUCUGACCCUCGGAACUCCGGAAUCCGGAAGCUUCCCCACGCAACCCAUCCGGACUGGCCUGCAGCAUCGGCACCAGAAGACUCUGUCCAACCAGUGGGAUGGUACCCCCGGAAGUGCGCAUUCCUAUGUGGAGUCUCCCAUCUCGUCCCCGGGCCAUCCAUCUCACCACGCUGGGAUUUCUGAAAUUCUUAAAUCAGGCAAGCAUGCGUCCUUGCCGGCCAAGGUUGAUACGCAUAUGCCCGGAUCUGCCCAGGAUCUAGAAUCGCAAGAGGCGAAGCGGCGCCGUCGUCGAGCGUCUCACAACCUGGUCGAGCGCCGGCGGCGAGACAACAUCAACGAACGUAUUCAGGACCUGUCUCAUUUGGUUCCUCAGCAUCGCCUGGAGGAUGAUAAAGUUCGCAAGCAGCUCGUCAACAAUACUGCCAUGUCCGGCCCAGGGGCCACUGCGAACGCGGCGACAUCCUUGCUGGCAGGAGGGAACGGGCGUCGUGCCACUGCUGGUAACAUCACCAUGGGCCUGCCAAUCGAGGAGAAAGAGAAAGGUCCCAACAAAGGAGAUAUCCUCAACGGAGCCGUCGGUUGGAUGCGGGACCUGAUGUGGGCUCUGCAUGUCAAGCUCCAGCAAGAGUCGGAGCUGGCCGAAUUGAUCAGCAGGCUUGGCGGCACGUGGCCGUUUGAACAGACCGAGGAAGAGAAGCGCAUGCGCACAGAGAUCCUCGAUGCGUUAGAGAAGAACGAUCCUAGCUCUUUCGCUUACAGCCGAGCGCCAGGCAGUGGUCUCCGGGUCCCCAAGCACACCAACAUUGCGGGGGAUUCCGUCAGCGGCAACGGAACGUUGAGCCCCCAGAGUCUGAGUCCACCCUUCAACAGUGGCAGCAGCAGCAAUGGCGGGGGCACCGGACAAGCCCAGUAUUGGAACAGCUCGGGCCAUGCUGGCAUGAGCUUCAAGGAGGAGGAUGAAUACGCAAUGGAAAUGAACUAG